AUGGCCAGCCCUGUGGGUGCAUCCUCAACAGGUCAUGCCAGUGGGCUGGGUCCCCACCGGAGAAAGCGGACCACUUUUAGCAGAGGGCAGCUGCUGGAGUUGGAGCGGGUGUUUGCAGCCCGGCCCUACCCUGACAUUGGCACCCGUGAGCACCUGGCUCGGGUCACCUGCCUUCCUGAGGCCAAGAUACAGGUAUGGUUCCAGAACCGCCGAGCCAAGAGAAUCAAGAAUACGAAGGCAGGAGGCCUAAGCCCCAGGCCAGAGCCCCCUCAGAGAGCCCGUUCUCUUCCAGACACCCUCCAGCAGUCCCGGGAGCCCCGAAAACGAGGCCAGUUUCCACCCUCCAACAGCACACCUUGCUGUGCCUCACUGUGCAGACAUGCCUCGGGCCCAGCUCCUGGCUUGGGUCCAGCGCAGGCCCGGGCAGGGGCUAAAGCCGUAGCCACAUGGGGACCAGCUGGGGCUUCGGGGGUCCACCUUUCUGUAGAGCGAGCCACUCCCCAGUCCUCGUUAGGCAGCCUGUCUGACCUCAUCUAUGCCUCGGCCAUUGUCACCAACCAGGACCACCCCUAA